AUGGUAUGGCUUGUGUGCUACCGUAGUGGUGAGCACCGUAGUAAAGCAACAGUUAGGAAAGCUGGUAGCAAAAAAAUCGGUUGCCCAUUUUCAUUACUCGCCAUCCGGGACAUGACGAAUGACACGUGGGAGUUAAAAGUGGACAACGCGAACCAUAACCACGAACCUACGACGAGUCUGUUGGGCCACGCUUUUGUGCGAAGAUUUACUGAAGCCGAAUACAAGCUAGUGGAGCAGCUAACUGCUCAAAACAUGGAGCCACGUAUCAUAUUUCAAACCCUAAGAAAGCAGUUCCCUGACAGCCUGCAUGUUCAGAAAGACGUGCAAAAUGCGGUACAAAAAAUUAGAGCGACACUAAUGGACGGAAAGACUCCUAUGCAGGCACUGGAAAGCCUGUUGCAUGACCACCGAUUCAUUUACGACACCGACAGGAACCCAAAACAGAUGUCGUAA